CGCAGCGGGGCCCCUCGGCUCGAGCCCCCGGCCUGGCCCGGCCCGCGCCAAGGGAACUCCCCGUGUGCGACCGGCCGCUCGGUCCCGCUCUGCUGUUCCCUGGCUUUCUCUCUCCCUCCUUCCCUUCCCUCCUCCUCCUCCUCUCUGUGCUUUCCACCUCCCCUGCUCCUGAGUGAGCGCAGCCUCGGAUGUCCGGUUUCCUGGUGGGUUUUUUACCUGGCAAACUCUGGAUAACUUUGGUGAGAAUUUGCAAAGCGGCUGGGAAAGUUGGAAACUACCCUGCAGGCGCAUAGGAGCUGCUGCUACCGCAUCUUCUCAAUCCCACGGAUUUUACUGCCUUGGAUAUUGCGAGGGGAGGGAGGGGGGAAAGGACAGCGAAAGAAGGGAGGAAGAGGAAAAGAAGGAGCCUCAUAAUUUCGGCUGCAUUCCUCCGACUGCCCCGCGGCCCCACUCCGCUCGCUCUGCCAUCUCUGCACCAUGCACUUGCUGGAGGUGCUCUCCCUGGGCUGCUGCCUCGCUGCCGGCGCCGUGCUCCUGGGACCCCGGCAGCCAGCCGCUGCCGCCGCCUACGAGUCCGGCCAGGGCUACUACGAGGAGGAGCCCGACGGGGGGGAAGAAAAGGCUCAUGCAAACAAAGACCUGGAAGAGCAGUUGCGGUCAGUGUCCAGUGUGGAUGAACUCAUGACAGUGCUUUACCCAGAAUACUGGAAAAUGUUCAAAUGUCAGUUGAGGAGAGGAGGUUGGCAACACAACAGGGAACACUCCAGCUUUGACACAAGAUCAGAUGAUUCCCUGAAAUUUGCUGCAGCUCACUAUAAUGCAGAGAUCCUGAAAAGUAUUGAUACUGAAUGGAGAAAAACUCAGUGCAUGCCACGUGAAGUGUGUGUGGAUGUGGGAAAAGAGUUUGGAGCAACUACAAACACCUUCUUUAAACCCCCAUGUGUAUCCAUCUACAGAUGUGGAGGUUGCUGCAAUAGUGAAGGACUUCAGUGUAUGAAUAUCAGCACAAAUUACAUAAGCAAGACACUGUUUGAGAUCACGGUGCCUCUGUCUCACGGUCCCAAGCCCAUCACCAUYAGUUUCGCUAAUCACACUUUAUGCCGCUGCAUGUCCAAGCUGGAUGUUUACAGACAAGUCCAUUCCAUCAUAAGGCGUUCCUUGCCAACCACACAAACUCAGUGUCAUGUGGCAAACAAGACGUGUCCAAAAAAUCAUAYUUGGAAUAAUCAAAUUUGCAGAUGUUUGUCACAGCAUGAUUUUGGUUUCUCUUCUCACCUUGGAGAUUCUGACACAUUUGAAGGAUUCCAUAUCUGUGGACCGAACAAAGAGCUGGAUGAAGAAACCUGUCAGUGUGUCUGCAAAGGAGGCAUGUGGCACUCGAGCUGUGGACCUCACAAAGAAUUAGACAGAUCAUCGUGUCAGUGCAUGUGCAAAAACAAACUUAUCCCUGCUUCCUGUGGGCCCAACAAGGAGUUUGAUGAAGAAAAGUGCCAGUGUGUAUGUAAAAAGACCUGUCCUAGACAUCAGCCACUAAACCCUACAAAAUGCAUCUGUGAAUGUAUAGAAUCUCCCAAUAAAUGCUUCUUGAAAGGAAAAAGAUUCCGUCACCAGACAUGCAGUUGUUACAGACCUCCAUGUACAGUGCGAACGAAACGCUGCGAUGCUGGAUUUUAUUUCAGUGAAGAAGUGUGCCGCUGUGUACCUACAUAUUGGAAAAGACCACUCAUGAAUUAGUGAAGAGAGCACUACUUGCUAUGUUGGUGUACAUUUUUCCAAUAGACCAAAAGAACAAGAGACACUUUGCUAAUAUUUGGAAUUAAAUGUUCACCAGAGACCCUGUGGGGCUUUCAGRGACAGACUUGUGCUUUUCUCAAGAUGUGGAAAGCAGAUGUAGAAAACAACUGGGGGUCAUAUUUUGUAAAGAACUCAAUAAGGACUUAUUUUCUGUCAAUGACCAAACAGCCUAGGUUCUCCUUCCUGUGAUUUUUUUUAAGAGAUAAUGACUAUAUAAUUUAUUUCCACUAAAACCAUUGACGAGCAUUUCUGUUUAUAGCAGUAACAAUUGUUAAAGCUCACUGUGAUCAAUAUUUUUAUAUCAUGCAACGUAUGUUUAAAAUAAAAUGGAAAUCGUAUUAUAUAAUGGUGAGAAUGUUUAAUCAUCUGCCUUAAAAGGAGCUCAGAUUCUGCUCUAGUUUCAAGGGUCUUAACAGGGGUAAAGGCAUUUAAGAGAAAGCACUUUUAUGAAGGAAGACUGCAGACAUUUUCUCGUACCUGUUUAGUGUGCCGUUUGGAAUAGACUUGUUCUGAGGGUUUCAUGAGCCAGUGGUAUUUCUGGAGUGUCUCUAGACUGAAAGUAGCCAAAAAAGGUCCAAUCAAUAACAAUGAGAACAUUGGAGAUCCUGAAAUUGCCCAAGGACUGUGUUUAAAGCACAGCAGCAACCACUCACAUUCCAAUAUAUUGACCUCCUAUUUUAUGUCUUGGUGGCAUUCCUAAGGAAAAAUAUUAAAUAAAGUCUAUUCAAGGUUAUCAGAAUCAAAGUGGAAAUACUAACACCGCUUUUUAUUUAGUGCUAUAGCCUGGUAUUUAGUGUUAGAACAGGCUACAUUUUAAAUUUUACAUCUUAAUCAUUCAAAAUGCUUUGAUUAGUUUUACUCUUAUGUUGUCAGUCAGAUCUCUUAAUCAAUGUAUAUGGCUACAAACAUAUGUUGAAGGGGAAAAAUGUAUAUUCCAAUAGGAACAUGAAAGGUCUUAUACCAGUCUGCUGUGGAUUGACACAGUCUCUUYAUUAAAAAAGUAUCUCUUAGAAAAUGUGAAAUCAAACAUCUGCAAUUUUAAAACAAGGUAAGAUUUUUAAUUCCUGAAACUGAGUGUAAGUUUCUUUUAAUUACUCAGUCCCCAUGGUGGAUUGAGGCAGUUUAAUAGGAUAAGAGAUAGUUUAGGAGUUCCCACUUCCCACUGUAUACCUGGUCUGCUCAGUGUUCUUCCUAAGAGGACAGCUAUUUAAUAUCCAAAUAGGAUAAUAGACUGAAUUUAAAAAUACUGAACAAUGUCUGUAUUACUAUAUUGGUUCAGCAAUCAUAUGGAUGUAGAAAUUUGGAUGACAAUUUAACACUGAUGUACGACUUUAGCUGUUAUAAGCAACUCACACUUGCCAUCAGUAGGAUUAGUGGUCAUGCAAAUCAUAAGUGUCUAAAUUGGCAAUGUCAAUUAAUAACAGCCAGGGAUUAAUGAUAAAACUUAAUUCAGUAUUAACAAAAAUCCUGGCAUCCACUUCUCUAGUUUAACUGCUUGAAAGAAGCGUAAAACCACUUAAGAAAUCAAUUAAAAACAAACUUUUAUGAAGACUUGAGAAAAAAAAAACAGCUGUAGGCAAAGCUUUUAAAUUUCUAUCUCAGCCCAGUACAGAAGAGAGGCAGUGAAGAAAAGGACAACCCAAAUCUGGUACCACUAACAGAGCCUACAGAAGUACGUAUCUAACAGACAAAAAUUGUAGUUGUGGUUACAAAGAAGGAGGGCACACAUGACAGCAGAACAAAAUCUACAUUCCAUCAAGUAAUUCCAUACAGAUUAUAAAAAGUGCAUGUUACAAUACUAUGCAAAUAAAAAAUCCCAAACCCUACUAAACUGAGCAAUGAUUGCUUCGCAUGUCUAAAGUGUUUUAAAGGGUUCAUGAAAACAGCUCAUAAACCCACUGUGGCUAAGCAGAUAGUUUCAUUUCUACUGAGGGAGCGUGCCACACUCUAAAAUGAAAAAGUCAAUCUGAGUAGGGAAGGGAAGAUGGGAAGUGGAGAAAUGARACAAAUGAUCAAGAAGCUUCAACUUUAUCACAAACGUCAGCAUUCACUAACAAUUACUUUCUUGAAUGCAUUUUUUUYCCCGUUUCUUAACUUCCCGAGUACUGAGACUUUUGGACAUAUAUUAUGCUAGUCUCAAAGUAAAACUAAAAUUCAGAGAAAGCAAAUUCUUGACUCGUAAAAGUUACCACAAAUCAGGUUCAUGUCUGAACAAAGUGACUAUUUAACCUUUCUCGAAAUUAUGUAGAUGCACAGAAUAAUACAUGAGAGCAGUUGGUAACAUUUUCUGAUAAUCAGGCUCUCCAGUUCUACUUUCCAUGAAAAUAAUGACAUGAAAAUGUAUUAUAAACAAGAACACAGAUAUCGGAAUUAUUAUCAUUAGUAUUAGAUACAGACUCUACAGAUUCUAUGUGAUUUAUCUCCAUGCUGUCAUGAAACAAUCUGUACAACAGGUCUUCUUUGCAUAUAUUACAUGAAGUGGCUUCUAGA